UAAAAUAUAUACUACGUUUUAGACCUGAAAAACAGUAGUAUGAAAUGCGUAAAGAAAUCGAUUAAAUUAUUAAACAAAUAUACAAAUUUAGAUAUUAUGUUAAAAUACAAGAAUAACUCAAUCGCACGUUCAACUGUAAAGUUUAAGCAUUCAAUUCAAGGGCAUUACCCGUUUGAUAACAUUCAAUAUAUAGGACAUUUUGGACAAAAACUGGAUGAAACCACACUGUCGGAGUUUGACUCAUGAUUACAAACUUUUCAGAAAUAUUUUCUGUUCAUUCAUCGACAAAUUUAAGACAACUAAUAUAAUAUAAUUUGAAUGGUUCAUACAAGGUAAAUUCUUAAAUUGACUUACCAGUGAUGACAUAUACACAAAAACGGGACGGCGGGUACGGUUGGGUCAUCUGUUUUUCUUUCUUUAUCGCGGAAGUUUUAGUGGAUGGUAUACGGUUUUCAUAUGGACUUUAUUACGUGGAGUUUCUUGCAGAAUUUAAGGAAAGCAAAGCCGAAACAGCGUGGAUAGGAGGAACAUUGGUAGGAGUCUACAACCUGUGUGGACCAGUGUUUGCUUUUAUUGUAAAUAAACUUGGUUACAGAAAAGCGUCAUUUAUUGGUACACUUAUAGGAAGUGUAGGACUUAUUGCCAGUAGCUUUACAACAGAACUGUACCAACUUUACUUCAGCUAUGGAGCAUUGCAAGGGUUUGGAUAUGGCUUGGUGUUUUUAUCCGGGACUGUCGCUGUCAGUCGUUACUUUUUGAAGAAAAGAGCACGUUCAAUUGCGAUUUCGUAUUGCGGUGGUGGAGUGGGAUUAUUUGCUAUUCCGCCAUUAACACGAUUUUUAAUGGAGACUUAUUCAUGGCGGGGAAGUUUAUUUAUUUUAGCGGGUCUGAUGCUAAAUUGCUGUGUAUUGACAGCAUUGUACAGGCCAUUUCAUUUAACCGAGGAAAUCGAAAUAGAUGUACUUGAUGGAGAUGAUCUUGAAAAAACGUCAGUUAAUGGUGGUCCGUUUAAAUCAACUAACGGAAGUAUUCACUCAGAAAUUCAAGCCAAUCCGUUACUGAGCAACGGUGAUAGGUCAGCCGAUAAUAAAACCGUCAGAAGGCAGAAACUGUUAGGUCCAUCGUUGCCAAGAAGUUUUGCUGAAAUGAGAAUGGAGCAAAUGAAGAAUUUAAAGGAUAACAGUGACGCUGUUUCACAACGAAGUAUCACAAAGGCUAUGUUAAGCCAAAGUAUCUUCGGAAGCCAUGCUUCUUUUGACUACAUAAUAGACAAACGUCAUAAACGUUCUCAAAUGAAUAUACCGCAACACGAUACAGAUGACACUGACACGGACUACGAUGACGACCAGCGAAAACAUUUUAGCAUUUCAUUUAUAGAGCUAAUGUUUCCAAAACAACUUGUUACGAAUACGAAUUUUAUAAUCAUGAUGACCGCCACGUUUUUAGUUGGUGUUCCAUCGUUUAUUCCAUAUAGUAUGUUACCGGACUAUGCUAUAUCUGCAGGUACAGCGGAAUCGGACGUGGCAUGGCUUUUAUCUGCUAUGGGAAUUGGAGGGACAUUGGGUCGUAUAGGUGCUGGGGUACUCUCCGAUAUGACAUGUGUUCACAAGCUAACACUGAACAGUAUCUGUUAUAUAAUGACAGGGGCUUCCCUCUUAGUGGCCGCGGUUUUCCCAAGUUUUGAAGUUCUCAUGCCUUGUUCUGUGAUAUUUGGAAUCUUCUUUGGUGCUACUUAUGUUGUACAGCCGGCAGUGCUCUUGGAGUAUAUAGGUGAAGAAUAUAUCAGUGAGUUUAUGGGUAUAGUAAUGUGUGUAUAUGGUGUAUCAAAUUUUAUUGGCAAUCCUUUAGCAGGAUGGAUAUUUGACGUUACCGGAAGUUACAGAACUACAUUUUUGGUCGCAGGUAUAAUGAAUGCGCUUGGUGGUGUUGUGAACUUUCUGGUGCUGUGUACAAAAUCUAGUCGAAGACACGCAACUGAAGAAAAUAUAUGAUGUGUUGGAAAGUUAGCUAAUUUGGGCUAUGUUUACUCAUAACAAUAUUUGUUUGUUUCCCGGUUAAUAUCAGUCCAAAAUAUGAAAACUGAAGCAAUGAUGUGAGUCAAUUUCCGGUAAAUCAAUUGGCGCAUGCGCAAAAUCGUUGCAAAAACUAAAAAUAGGAUUCAAGCAUUUUACUAGGGAGAGUUUUUGUUUUCUAUAUGCGUUAAUAACAGGAAAAAAAACUCUCUCAUAACAUGACAAUUUAAUCAGUUGUGUUUCAGAACAAUUUGACCAAUAUGUGUUCGUGUCAUAUUAUCCCCUAGAAAAACAAACAGUUGUAUUUUCAUAUUUAUUUAUAUUUCGCCAGCAUUGGGUUUACAUCCUUUUUAGCUGAUUGUAAGCUCAAAACAUUUAUUGAAUUCGCAUAUUGACGAUGACAUAGUAUCAUAUUGUUUAUUCAUUUUUGUUGAUUUCUGUAUGAAGUUGUUUACAUAAUUAUAUUUUAU